AGCCGCCCCUGCUCCGGCCAGGGAAGAAGCAGCAGCAGCCGCCGCCCGGAGCCCUGCGGGGAGCAGCAGCGGGGCCCGGCCAUGGGGAAGCUGCAGCUGUUCGAGAUCCACCUGAGCGAGAGCCGGGUCGUCUACAGCCCCGGGGAGCCGCUGGCCGGCACCGUCACUGUGCGCCUCUCCGGGAGCCUGCCGUACCGCGCUAUCAAAGUGAGCUGCUUUGGAUCUUGCGGCGUGUCCAACAAGGCCAAUGACACCGCAUGGACUGUAGAGGAGCAGUACUUUAACAGCACGCUCUCGCUGGCGGAUAAAGGGGUUCUGACAGCUGGCGAGCACACCUUUCCCUUCCAGUUCCUGUUGCCAGCAUCAGCCCCCACGUCGUUUGAAGGCCCUUUUGGGAAGGUGGUCCAUCAGGUCAAAGCCGUGAUAGAUACGCCCCGAUUCGCCAAGGACCACAAGUGCAACAAGGUCUUCUACAUUCUCUGCCCGCUCAACCUGAAUGACAUCCCGGACAUUGAGCAACCCAACACCACGUCCAUCACCAAGAAGUUCAACUACAAGCUGGUGAAGAGUGGAAACAUCAUCUUAACCGCCACCUCGGACCUCAAAGGGUAUAUCGUGGGGCAGGCAAUCCAGCUGCGCACCGACAUCGAGAACAAGUCUGGCCGGGACACUGGCACGGUGGUGGCCAGCCUCCUCCAGAAGGUCGCUUAUAAAUCCAAGCGCUGGAUUUAUGACUUGAGGACCAUUGCUGAGGUGGAGGGCUCGGGGGUGAAGGCCUGGAAGCACGCGGAAUGGAAGGAGCAGAUCCUUGUCCCCGCGCUGCCGCAGUCUGUGCUGCACGGCUGCAGCCUCAUACAUGUCGACUACUAUAUCCAAGUUUCCCUGAAGUCGCCAGAGGUUUCAGUCACUCUGCCUAUUUACAUCGGCAACAUUGCUGUGAACAGGGUUCCUGUGACCCCGGCUAGGUCGGUCCAGCACAUUCCGUCCGUUGUGGUCCCGUCCGCCCCACCAGAAGAGGAGGAAGCUGCCAGUGGCUAUCACCCAAUGGACAAUGUUUCAAUCCCCACCAAAAGCCAUUCCCAGCUUCAGACGUUCAGCUACGCUCCAGGACUGAGCUUCCAGGACCUAAGGCUGGACUCAGACCAGACUGCCUCCCCAAACCACCCCACGCUUUGCUUGGCGACAGGAGCGACCGUCCCUUACUAUGCUGAGGGGACAGUGGUUCCGGUUCCCACCGCCGGCUCUCUCAUCUUGCCUCCGGAGUACAGCACGUGGGGUUACCCCUAUGAGGCACCCCCUUCCUAUGAACAGAGCUGCAGCAGCGCCAACUCCAGCCUCAGCAAUGGCAACUAGCCCAUGGCUCCCCGUCUGCUGCCAAGUCUGGUACCGCGCAAAGCAUCUUGUACUUGGGGCCACCGGCUACUCCUGGGCUGAGAUUUUUAAGUCCUUUUUUUUUUUUUU